AUGUCUACCAAACAGGCUUCGCUUCCCAGCGACAGGACUCUCGAUGCAACUUCAUCCACCGACAAGACAUCUCAGGACGUCGUCAACGACUAUUUCAUGAAAUAUGCUGAGUUCAGGGAGCUUGACGCGAUCAAAAAGAAGGGAUGGGAAAAUCCCAAAGCAGACAACUUCUUCAAAGAACGGCGUUCACAAGCCGAUAAAGCGAAUACAUCGGCCCAAAAAGUAUUCUAUACCAUGAUGCAACAAAUCGGCGACGAGCUAAACCGCCAGACGGGGGCUUUGCAACUGCCGCCCGCGCAGUCAAGACGCCCAACUGUGCUGGACAUCUGCAUGGCAGCCGGUGGCUUUACGUCUGCGGUUAUGAAGUGCAAUUCCGAUGCGAGAGUUUCCGGAAUCACUUUGCCUGUAAAAAAUGGCGGGCACUUUAUUCACAUUCCCGGUUGGCAGAAUGAUCACAGACUCAGAAUCCGUUUCCUGGACAUAACCAUGCUUGCGAAGGACAUGGGUGUUGAGGCUAAAGAUGUGCCAACGGAUCACCCCGAUGCUCAAAACUUUAUAUUCGAUCAACCAUUCAGUGGUCAGGAUUAUGAUCUUGUCUUCUGUGACGGCCAGGUCCUUAGAACUCACGAGCGACCUGACUACCGGGAACAUGGUGAGAUAGGCCGCCUUCGAGCUGCUCAACUCGUGCUGGCUAUGCAGCGGAUACGUGAGAACGGGAGGCUCGUCAUGUUACUUCAUCGGAACGAUGCGGUGGAUGUCGUCUCUCUGCUCUACACGCUGAGCAGAUUCUCGUCCAUCCGACUGUUCAAGCCACAGAAGAAACACGCGAUGAUGUCCUCGUUCUAUGUCAUCGCUGAAGGUGUCCAUCCUAGAAGCCAAGAAGCUCUAGAUGCGGUUGAGAUGUGGAAGAAGCAGUGGCAUGCGGCGACAUUCGGGAGCGACGAUGAUGUCCAGAAAGCGCAUUCGAUCUCGGUUGACUACAUCGAAGGGGUUCUGGCAGACUUUGGGGAAGAGUUAGUCAAGCUAUCUCUUCCUCUCUGGAGAACACAAUAUGCUGCGCUUCGGAAGUCAGAAAUCAUUUCGUAG